AUGUCCACGGGCUCCACGGGCUCCUUCCAGCCCAAUCUUACACAUCAGACAAGAAGCCAAUUUUACUACUCAUCAGCCAUCAAGAGAUUUACUGCGUUGAACCGAGAUGAUCAUCAAUCCCAAGCCAAGUUGAUUUUCACGAUUCUUGUUAUUUUUGCUCACAUUGAGUCUUCAAUGGGGAAUAUUCGCGGAUUUUACUGCCAUGUGCAGGGGUUGGCGAAUCUUUUCCUCGAUCUGCAUACAUCGAUAGAAAAGACACCGUUGAAAGCUCUUCUGACUGCAUGGAUGCAAGUUCGAUUUGGAGUCUGGUGGGCACGUUCGUAUUUCAGCUCGCUCGAAGUACAUCUUGGUCUUCCCCCAGUGCCUCUACCGAGGAUCCUUGAAAGGAGCUUUUCGUCGAUAGAAGAGCGGCGCAUUUCGGCUCUCAGCAUUCUCUGCGAAUCCCAUCGGCUGAAUUUCAAAGAGGUUUUAAAGAUUUGGACCUAUCAAACCGACCACGAAACAUUCCAUCAGGGGGGCCACCGAUCUGACCAGGACUGUGACACCAUCGCUCAACUUGCUGAGCAGGCUAGAAAGUCUGAUCAAUGGCUUCUUCAUCUUCCUGCAACGGAACACCCACUUGGCCAAAUGACGCUACCACAGGACUAUGAGUUGAAUACGCCGGUUGUGUUUCGAUCGCAUGAUGCUGCGCUCAAUUUUGCCUACUACGUGGUUGGGCGAAUAAUGCAAUCUGAUUGCUUUCUGCGUCGUCUUCAAAUCUACGAUUUGAGCGACCUUGAGAAUGGUUGCUCGGAGGAGGAGCCUUGGGUUCGUCUUUUGCUUCGGAUUGCAAAGGGAAGUAACAUCCAGACUUCAAUAACAAGAAACAACUAUACCGUUGGAUUCUCGGGUCUUCUUCUGGCCGCAAUCUUACGAUGUCAUAGCUUGGCAUUAAGUAUUGAGAUCCAAGAUUGGCUUGAAACCCUGAAGGACUUGCAGCCCACCGAGGAAGGUGCUUUCCCAGUUUACCAGGCAUUUGGGGUUGCUAAAGCCAUCAACCAACAAAGAAUGAUGGGCCGCCAGAUAUUCGGCGUGACUCAGCCCGUCGAUGAUGGUGGCGGAAAACCAAAAUUCACCGCGUACAACAGUCAAUCCAUCAACACUCUGCUAUUUCAUGGAAGGUGUCAGGUAUCUGGGCGGUUAUUCACAGACUGUGUGUGGAUCGAUUUGUAA